AAUCUGUUCCCUGCGCCGGCUCGAGGAGAGUAGCGCGUGCGUGAGCUGACAGAAGAAGAGGUGUGUGGUUUAUUUGGGUGACUGUCAAUGGCUCUCCAUCUCGCUCUGGUCUGUGCCAAAGCCUUUUCUUGCUUCUGUCAGUCCUCUGUGAACAGCCCAACCAGCAUGGACUCUUCUCUGACUGCAGCUCAGAUCCGUGAGAAGUUCAUUGACUUCUUUCGGCGUCAUGAACACCAGUAUGUACACUCGUCUUCCACCAUUCCUCUGGAUGACCCCACCCUCCUGUUUGCCAAUGCUGGCAUGAACCAGUUCAAACCCAUCUUCCUGAACACCAUCGACCCAUCCCACCCCAUGGCAAGACUGAAGCGUGCUGCCAACACACAGAAGUGCAUCCGUGCUGGUGGAAAACACAACGACCUGGAUGAUGUGGGGAAAGAUGUGUACCAUCACACUUUCUUUGAGAUGUUAGGUUCCUGGUCCUUUGGAGAUUACUUUAAACACUUGGCUUGUGAGAUGGCUUUGGAGCUGUUGACUAAGGAGUUUGGUAUCCCUAUUGAGCGUCUGUAUGUCACUUACUUCGGAGGUCAUGAAGAAGCAGGCCUUGAGCCAGAUCUGGAGUGCAAGCAAAUCUGGUUGGACCUGGGGAUGGACGAGAGCCGUAUCCUGCCUGGCAGUAUGAAGGAUAAUUUCUGGGAGAUGGGUGACACAGGUCCCUGUGGGCCCUGCAGCGAGAUCCACUUUGACCGCAUUGGAGGGAGAGAUGCUUCCCACCUUGUUAACAUGGAUGACCCCAACGUGCUGGAGAUCUGGAACCUGGUGUUUAUCCAGUUCAACAGAGAGUCUGAGACAGAGCUGAAGCCCCUACCUAAGAAGAGCAUUGACACAGGCAUGGGUUUGGAGCGGCUGGUCUCAGUUCUGCAGAACAAGAUGUCAAACUAUGAUACAGACCUUUUCAUCCCUUACUUUGAAGCCAUUCAGAAGGGUACAGGAGCCAGGCCCUACACUGGUAAGGUUGGUGCAGAAGAUACAGACGGCAUUGAUAUGGCUUAUCGUGUCCUGGCUGACCACGCCCGUACUAUCACUAUUGCUCUGUCAGAUGGGGGUAGACCUGACAACACUGGGAGAGGUUACGUGUUGAGGAGGAUCCUGCGACGUGCUGUACGUUACUCACAUGAGAAACUGGGUGCUCAGAAGGGCUUCUUUGCUACUCUAGUAGAUGUUGUGGUGGAGUCACUGGGUGAUGCUUUCCCAGAACUGAGGAAGGACCCUGACAUGGUAAAAGAUAUCAUUAAUGAAGAGGAGGCUCAGUUCCUUAAAACCCUCAGCAGAGGGCGACGAAUCUUGGACCGUAAAAUCCAAAGCCUGGGAGACAGCAAAACCAUUCCAGGAGACACUGCCUGGCUGCUGUACGACACCUAUGGUUUCCCUCUGGACCUGACUGCCCUCAUCGCAGAGGAAAGGGGCAUGGGAGUGGACAUGGCUGCAUUUGAGGAGGAGAAGAAAGCUGCUCAGCUGAAGUCUCAGGGCAAAGGAUCUGGAGAUGAGGAUCACAUCAUGCUGGACAUCUAUGCCAUUGAGGAGCUGAGGAACAAAGGCAUCCCUGCCACCGACGACAGCCCCAAGUAUCGCUACACCUCCGACGACAACGGCAGCUACGGAUUUGAGGAGGUAGUCGGCACGGUGCUGGCCCUGAGGCGGGAGCGAACAUUUGUUGAUGAAGUAACCACAGGGCAGGAGUGUGGUGUGCUUCUGGAUCAGACUUCAUUCUAUGCUGAACAGGGAGGCCAGACUUUUGACGAGGGAUACAUGCUCAGGGAGAAUGACUCCACAGAGGAUAGGAUGGAGUUUACGGUCAAGAACACCCAAGUGCGUGGAGGCUAUGUGCUGCAUGUUGGAACUGUAUAUGGCACCCUGAAAGUGGGAGACCGUGUGACUCUGCAUAUUGAUGAGGCACGCCGAAGACCCAUCAUGAGUAACCACACCGCCACACACAUAUUGAAUUUUGCCCUGAGAGGAGUCCUUGGGGAGGCAGAUCAGCGCGGCUCUCUGGUUGCUCCAGACCGCCUGCGCUUUGACUUCACUGCUAAAGGAGCCAUGAGUACGAAGGAGGUGCACCGCACUGAGGAGAUGGCCUGUGCCAUGAUUGCAGAUUCCAAGCAAGUCUAUGCUAUGGAAGCCCCCCUUGCUGCUGCCAAGGCCAUUCAAGGGCUGCGUGCCGUCUUUGAUGAGACAUACCCAGACCCUGUGAGAGUGGUCUCCAUUGGUGUCCCUGUGGAGGAGCUGCUGUCUGACCCCAAUAGCCCUUCAGGCUCCCUUACCUCCAUCGAGUUCUGUGGUGGAACACACCUGCAGAAUUCAAGUCACGCUGCCCCAUUUGUGAUUGUGUCAGAAGAAGCCAUUGCUAAGGGAAUUAGGAGAAUUGUGGCUGUAACUGGAGCAGAAGCUCAGAAGGCUCAGAGGAAAGCUGAUGCUUUGCGGCAGGCCCUGUCUGCCAUGGAUGAGAAGGUGAAGGCUCAGACCGCCCCCAAUAAAGACAUCCAGAAGGAGAUUGCUGAUCUGACUGAGAGCUUGGGCACUGCUGUUAUCUCUCAGUGGCAGAAGGAUGAGAUGAGGGAGUCUCUGAAGGGUCUGAAGAAGGUCAUGGAUGACUUGGACCGUGCUAGCAAAGCUGAUGUGCAGAAGAGAGUUCUCGAUAAGACAAAGGAGAUAAUUGAUGGCAACCCCAACCAACCACUUAUCGUUAUGGAGAUGGAGAGUGGAGCUUCUGCUAAGGCUCUGAAUGAGUCUCUGAAACUGUUGAAGACAAACUCCCCUCAGACUGCUGCUAUGCUCUUCACUGUGGACAAUGAUGCUGGCAAGAUCAUCUGCCUCUGCCAAGUACCACAGGAGGUUGCAAAUCGGGGCCUUAAGGCCAACGAGUGGGUACAGGAAGUGUGUCCUCUGCUGGAUGGAAAAGGAGGAGGCAAGGAUAUGUCUGCUCAGGCCACCGGCAGAAACACGCACUGCAUACAGGAGGCACUACAGCUGGCCAAUGAGUUUGCUCGUCUCAAAUUGGGUGAGAACUAGGAGAACAAGACUUUUAGUGAGGGGGCAUUGAAUUGCCUCUCAUCUAACUGGAGUGAUCCGGCGCUGCCUGCUGAAACCCAAACUGGACAUUCCAGACAGAAAAAUGUAGAGAGUCUCAUUUGUCAUUGUGAUUAGAAAGGGAAGCUGUUGGCACCCUCUUUUUCUCUCUCUGUGCGUAAGGGAAGAAGUACGACUGAGGGCAAGCUGCAAGUCCACAGCUUGAUCCAUCACACCGUCCAGUCUCUAGCAUAGCUUCAAAUGCACAAAAAGGGUCUGAUUAACAAUUAUGUACUGAUUGACUGUGUCGGUCAGCGUUAACCCCACUUCUGUGACCCUUUAGUUCAGCUGCAGUCCAUUUCUCAUGUAAAUUGAUAGCAAUCAUGAUCUGUGUCUUUUUGCCAUUAUGUCUGUGUCAUCCCUGUGAGGUUCUGUCUGAUCUGAUAAUGCAGAGUUACUGUAAUGGUUCAGCUGGUGAUGAGAAGAGCUUCAUAGCCGUAUGCAGCUACAGAAACUGAACUAACAAUUCUGUGCAAGGAAUUGAGCCAUCAUCAUCUUUAAUGAAUUCUGUUAAACCACUCAUUCAUUAAACUGAAUACAUAAUACACAAUAGUGAAUUAAAAUAGACAAGCAACUAAUUUAUGUUUGUUGUUCUGUGGAAUUGAAUGACUUGUUUUGGUUGCAAAAGGUUUUGCAUAAACUGUAGAAAGAGAAGAAACUUUGCAUACUGGAAUAAAAGGGAUAUGAGAUCACUUA